UGUAGUGUAACGUACAUCGUCACGGCAGCUGAUACGGUGCAUAAAUAUUAUUAUGUACAUUGUACAAAAAAACUCGAAUCUGGUAUCCUAAAUUGUUGCUUCUCAUUUCAAUAAAGAAGUAAACAAUAUUUAAGCAUUGGUUUUUCACGACCUCCUGGAAAUUAACAACAUAUUAUUCUACAUAUUAUUAUGUGAAGACUACGAUAUAGACCUUAAUUUGUAUUCGCGUUUCCUGUGUUUUAUAACAUGACAAUGACGAUUAUGACGAAAAUAAUUAUUGGCAAGAAAAUAAAGGUUUGACAGGAUUGAAUUAAAGAAAGAUAAGUUCGGUCCAAUCUCAGCACCCUAUAACCUGAAGGACUAGCUUAUAUUAAGUUACUAAAAAGAAAGAUGCUGGGUGGGAGUGAAAUUAUCAAUCUAAAUGUGGGCGGAACGAGGUUCAGUACUUCGUACACCACCCUCACUUGGGUACCAGACUCCUUUUUCACAGCCUUGCUCAGUGGUCGCAUCUCAUCUCUCAAGGAUGAUUCCGGAGCCUUUUUCGUGGACAGGGACCCAGCCCUCUUCUCCAUCAUUCUUAACUACUUGCGCACUCGAGAUGUGGAUAUGAGGUCCGUGGACAUGAGGGCACUUCGAAAUGAGGCCGAGUUUUAUGGUAUACUUCCACUCGUAAAAAGAUUGGCACUCUGUGAAGAUUUAAAUUAUUCGUCCUGUGGGGACGUACUCUUUUAUGGAUUUCUGCCCCCAGCUCCAAUUCCUGUUUGCGAUCCCCCUAACCCAUCAAAGGGCGGAAAUUGCACUUUGCCUGGCACAAAGAAUGAUGAGCCAUCUCUAAUUACCAGUGGUUGUACAAGCAGUGGACCAGCAUCAACAAUGGGAAAUUCUAGUCGUGGUUUGGACAUGAGACCAACGCCAGGAUCCGGGAUUCGUGUUCCGGAAACGCACUCUGCUGGUUCGUCUUCUUCUGGGAGCAAGAGUGGACACCAUUCUCGAAGUGCGAGUGGCAGUACCACAAUCACGGGGAGUAAUAAUAAUGGAAAUUGGACAUCAGCAAGGAACGGACAUUCUAGAGCUUCCUCUGUGGAUGUUAGGCCAGUGCAACAUUCAAGAAACUCGUCAUUUGGUGCUCGGCAUUCCCGAAAUUCUUCUGCAGAUUUAAACAAAUAUUUUAAAACCGAGUUGUCCGUUUUGUCUCAGGGUAAUUGGAUCGACCCUUUAAGAGUGACCAUUAUUAGAGCUCAUCAAAACUGGAUAGCUGUGGCGUAUGCCCAUUUUGUUUGCUGUUAUAGAUUAAAGGAUUCUUCUGGAUGGCAAUUAAUUUUUACUAGUCCAAGAGUCGACAGCAUGAUUGACCGAUUAGCAAUCAAUGCAAAAAUGACGUCUGGUCAACAGAGCUCUAACUCCGGAGAAGGGUACACAAAGAUGAUUGCUAUCGCUGCAGGAUCUGUGGUAUUUAUGUGGGGCGUUGGUGAUGAGGGUGCUCGGACCGAUAUUGGACGAUUUACACUGCCCGUCCCUGUUGAAUUUCUAUUUUUCAUCGGUACUCAACUAGUUGCCUUAUCUCAAAUGGGAAAGAUUGGAGUUUGGCAUUCUAUGACGCAGCAUGUGCUAGUGCAAGAUAUUGUCCCAAUAAUGUCAUUCGACACAGCAGGAUCAUUCCUGUUGUUGGGGUGCAGUAGUGGGGCGAUUUCUUAUAUUGAUAUGCAAAAGUUCCCUCUCCGGAUGAAAGAUAACGAUUUGUUGGUGACAGAAUUGUACCGUGAUCCUUCAAGUGAGCCUAUAACAUCAAUAUCGGUAUAUUUGACACCAAAGACUAGCAUUUCUGGAAACUGGAUUGAAAUUGCAUACGGCACACAAUCUGGUAUGGUACGUGUGAUUGUUCAACACCCUGAAACAGUCGGACAUGGACCCCAGCUUUUCCAGACGUUUACUGUUCAUCGAAGUCCAGUGACCAAAGUAAAAUUAAGCGAAAAGUACUUGGUCUCCGUUUGUAGCGAGUACAAUCAUGUUCGAAGCUGGACCAUGACGAGAUUUAGAGGAAUGAUAAUUACUGACCCAGGAUCAACUCCUCUGUCCUCUUUUAAAAUUGUUGCAUUAGAAGAGGUAGACUCCUGCACGUCAUAUGGAGCUGGUAAUGAUUGUGGUCCAUAUGGUGAACAGGACGAUGAGCAAGUUUUCAUCCAGAAGGUUGUUCCUGAAACGGACCAAUUAUAUGUUAGGCUGGCUUCGAAUGGGAAAAGAAUUUGCACUAUAAAAUCAAUUGAUUCGACGACCAUCACGUCCUUCUGCGUUCACGAAUGCGAAGGUUCAAGUCGUAUGGGAUCUCGUCCAAGGAGAUUUAUUUUCACUGGACAUGACGUCCGGGAGGAUGAGCGACAACAAGGCGCUACUCAUAUGGGUUCUAUUCAAAUGUGGGAUUUAACAACAGCCUUGGACCUAGCUUCUAAAGGAGAGCCAGUAACUCAACGUAGUGGUGGCCCCACCCCAGAAGAAUUGUUGCUAGUUUUGGAUCAGUGCGACUUGAGUACUUCGUACGCGUGCACUCCAUCCCCUUCACCCUCAAUGUUACCAACGGGCAUUUCACCGCAUAGGUUGAAAGCAGCGAACAUGGCAUUUUUGUCGCAACAGCAUAAUGCUGAUAACAACAGUGGGCAGUCCACUAUUGACUCGACGCAAGGAACUAAGGUUUAAAAUUAUUUUAAGAUAUAUGCAUGACAAUUACUUUUGUUGUGAAAUAUUGGGUGAGGCUGUUGUUUAUACAUACCUUGAGUUCCUAUUAAGAUAUAUCAAAAGUCAUUUGUUGUUUGUUAAUAAGAUAUCAUCUUUUUUCACAAUAAGCUUAAUCACGCAAUUUCAUAGUAAUAUUGUAAUAAACCACGAUCCGUGCGGUAUCCAUAAUA